GGACCGAGCAGCCAUGGCGUCGGGCUCGGGGAUCGCUCUCAAGACAUUCAACCUCGCAAAUGACAUCAAGGAGCUCAGUGCUCAGGACGAGAUCUUCAGAUAUGACCCCGUGGAGAACAGGAGGAUAAACAACGAGAAGCCAUGGGUCCGCGACCCACGGUACUUUCAGGUUUGCAAGAUCUCCGCGGUCGCGUUGAUCAAGAUGGCUAUUCAUGCUCGCUCGGGUGUACCCUACGAGAUCAUGGGAAUUAUGCAGGGAAAGGUCGUUGGACACUCCCUAGUAGUCAUUGACUCCUUCGCGCUUCCCGUCCAAGGAACGGAAACGCGAGUGAACGCGCAGAACGAAGCGAACGAGUACAUGGUCCAGUACGUCCAGGGCAGUGAACGGGUACAACGCCUGGAGAACGCGAUCGGCUGGUACCACUCCCACCCCGGCUACGGCUGCUGGCUCUCCGGCAUCGACGUGAACACGCAAAUGCAAAACCAGAAAUUCCAGGACCCUUUCGUGGCCGUCGUCAUCGACCCCAAUCGCACCAUCUCCGCCGGCAAGGUCGACAUCGGCGCGUUCCGCACGUACCCCGAGAACUACACCCCUGCGGACGCUGCGAACAGCGAGUAUCAGAGCAUCCCGCUCAACAAGAUCGAGGACUUCGGCGUUCACGCAAACCAGUACUACCCGCUCGAGGUGCAGAUUUUCAAGUCGUCGCUGGACGCGGAGCUGCUUGGGUUGCUGUGGAACAAGUACUGGGUGAACACGCUGAGCCAGAGUGCGCUCAUCUCGAAUCGUGCAUAUGCCGCGAAUCAGCUGUCCGAUCUGCACCAAAAGUUGACCAAGGCACAAACCGCUGUACCCAGUACCCGUCCACCAGCCCCUGUGCUCAUCGAUGAGAAAGCCGUCAUCAAGCAGAAGCCCCAGGACAAGAGGGAAGAGAGCGCCUUGUCGAAGGCGGUCAAAGACAGCGACAAGAUCGCGUCAGAAGCUCAGCACGGUCUCAUCGCGCAAGUUCUGAAGGACAUCAUAUUCUCUUCACGUCUCGGCGGCGGCGCGGGGUCCUCCGCAGCGGACGUUAGAGACAUCGUUGAUACCGCUAUGUCGAUCGGCUGAUCCGUCGGAGUGUGCGUCCUUUGAGGAGGGGCGGAGUUGGGAAGCACCAUCUUGUAACAUUCUGCUCGCAGUCAUCCGUUCAGUGUAACUAGUAUCGCAGCGCUGUCGACCUGUUACUCGCAAUUAGAGUCAAUUGUAUCACAUAAUUCACCGUC